AUGAAGUAUCGAAGUAUCUACCUAGGUAAGGUGUCUCGACACACUCGAAAAGCGUCUGACGAAGCCCACGACUCUUACGACCCAUCAACGUUAACGACCUUUGCGCGGCAACGCCAGCCGACUGUUCAACGACCUUCUUCGGCUUCAGCUGAUUCUCAAUUCAGACCCCCGAGCGCUUCUGACUCUCAGCGCCCCUUACGUCGCAUCCCUCGCCAGAGAGAGACCUCAGCCGGCGCGUACCACCCCGGUCUCUGUACAACACCCCCAGCCAGUGGCAUCGCACACCUACGUCCGGCCCUUUCCGAAGCGGAGACCGACGACAACGGGUCUACUGUCGACGACCCGUACCAGCUCCUCAAUACCUCAUAUUGGCCGCAGCGAACCACCGGAGUCUCUUCGCGCACUGCAUCGGCAAUCCUUUUCGCCCUCGAGGAAGCUAUCCGUGGACCGCUGCAGCUCUCCACCGACUGGGACGAGGUGAAUGCUUCUAUGUCAGACAUGGUAGGCGUCGCUGGCCCCGCUGGGCCUGUGGGCAAUGGCCGUGUUCAAAAUGGUGGAGCCCGUGUACCCCAGAACCCCAUCUCAGGGACAUCGCAGCCACCGAGUGGGAUGAGGACACCUACGGAUAUAAUGAGACAACGCCGGGAUCGGGAGGCUCGCCGUAAGGCGGAACAAGAGGCCCGAGAGCGGGAACAAGAGGAGUUGGAACGACAACAAUUGAAGCAAGAACAAGCUCAAGCCGAGGCACAGGCACAAACACAGGCUCAGGCCCAAGCCCAAGCUCAACAGUACGCCGCUGGCGUUGCCGCCGAAAAUGCCUCCCAAUCAAGAAUUAGAGCACCACGACCACCAAGGGGCCCCGAAGGACAGCCCCAACCCAUGCCUGUCGCUUCAGGGCCACCAUCCGGUUAUCGACCAGCAGUAGAUGCUGCGCCGAGUACCCGACCAUCAGAAUACCAGACCGCACCACAGACAGCUACGACGGGGCAAGUGGCCAACCAGCCACAGCCGACACAAGCAACUGGUCAACAGCCUCAACACGGUCGCUCGCAAAGUGCGGCAGAAAUGGGAGGUCAACCCAGACCGAGUGGGUUCUCCAAAUCCGCCCAGGCCCUUCCUGCAGGACAACCUGGUGCUCCCCAAGCUCUUCAGCAGCCGAAACGAGUUGGGUUUCCGCAUGCAUUUGAGCGCUGGGAAACGCUUUCUUCACACUGGGAGGGUCUCACCAGCUAUUGGAUGCGCAAGCUAGAACAAAACAAUGACGAUCUAGAGCGUGAUCCGCUGAGCCAACAAUUAGCUCGACAGAUCACAGACUUGUCUGCCGCGGGUGCCAACCUAUUCCAUGCGGUGGUUGAACUCCAACGUCUACGAGCCUCCUCCGAACGCAAGUUCCAGCGCUGGUUUUUCGACACCCGUGCUGAGCAAGAACGCUCGAAGGAAGUGCAGGCUGACCUGGAGCGCCAGCUCAAAGAAGAGCGACAAGGGCGAGCGGAUGCCUUUGCUGCUGCCCAGAAAUCCGAGAAGGACAAAAUUAAGGCCGAGGAACUGCUGAAAGAGAUGCGCCGUGAACUUCAAAUAUCCAAGGAGGAAGCACGUCGUGCCUGGGAAGAGCUUGGCCGUCGUGAACAAGAAGAGCGCGACCGAACCAAUUCCCUGCGCAAUGGAGAGCCCACGCUCGUCGGAGGCGUUCAGGUUGUGCCUAUGGUUUCUGGUCUCCCUAGUCGUCACACCACGCGCCCACAGACUCGCGAGGGCCCAUACCCCGGCGGCCCGACGGCUACAACCAUGGGCACCGAUGCGUAUCCCGGCAAGUCCGCAGGAAGCGCUGGCGGACAAUAUUACGAGGAUGGCACGCCCAUGUCUCCUGCAGGAUCUGACCCUUUCAUUGAACCCAAAAAGGUUGACCCACCUACCUCAAAAGCCGCAUACCCGCGUCCACUGUAUGAACAUGAAAAUACAAGCGUGCCAUACCCAGGCCCCGCCACUUCAGAACCUGACGCACGCUCCUACGUUGGCAGCAGUGAAACAGGCGACGAUGAAUAUGCCCACUACUCUCACGACCCGCAUGGCAACUCCCUAAGCUACCCACCAGGCCCUCCCUCAGAGGGAAGCGAGGAAUAUGAGCACUCCCUGCCAGAGGGUCACUACAUGCCCGAUGGUGCCUACACCUCUGCUGGCUCUUCCGCCCCUCCGCUUGCGCCCACCUCCGCUGCGGAUUACAGUGGCGCCGGAUGGGGUCCUGGCACUGGGUGGGAGUCCGUAACACCGCGCCAUCGUCACCCUACGCGUCUCAGUGACGUCCUUGAGGAAGAUGAGCCGAGUCGCACGAAUCCCAGCCGUGCUAGUCUGGCGAGCCGUAGCCAGGCCAGUCGGAGUAUCCUUUAA